CGACUCUUCCCUCCCAAAUUCAUUUCAUUCUCUUCAAAUCCAAGCAAGAAAGAAAUCAAAGCUUCUCUUCUUGAAUUCAAUUCAAUUCAAUUCCUCAUCUCCGAUCGAAUCAAUCUUGGUUAGUUGUUAAGCACCUCUUAUCUACUUAAUUAUCUUCCUCUCCGGAGAAGCUCGAGCUCGAGAUCAAGUCCAUGGCGUUGACGCUGCGUUCAUCCACGUCGUUCCUGUCGCCGCUCGACCCGUCCUCCAAGCGCGAGGACGCGCCGCCGUGCUGCGUCGUCCCCAUGCCGGCGCCGGGGAGCGGCGGCAGGCUGCGGCUCGCCAGGGCGGCGCCGGUGGAGCACGCGACGAUGGAGGAGAUGGCGUCACCGGAGGCGGCGACGCUGCUGCACCACGGGGGCGGGGGCGGGCAGGGGCAGCGGCGGGGGAAGGGGACGGCGGUGUACGUGAUGCUGCCGCUGGAGACGGUGGGGGCGGGGGGGAAGGUGGCGCGGGCGCGGGCGCUGGCGGCGAGCCUGGCGGCGCUGCGGAGCGGCGGGGUGGAGGGGGUGAUGGUGGACGUGUGGUGGGGGGUGGUGGAGCGGGAGGGGCCCCGGCGGUACGACUGGGAGGGCUACGGCGAGCUCGUCCGCAUGGUGGAGCGCGCCGGCCUCCGCCUCCAGAUGGUCAUGUCCUUCCACCAGUGCGGCGGCAACGUCGGCGACUCCUGCAAUAUCCCGUUGCCGGGAUGGGUGUUGGAGGAGAUGAAGUCGAACCCGGACAUCGUGUACACGGACAGGUCGGGUCGUCGGAAUCCGGAGUACAUCUCGCUCGGCUGCGACACGCUGCCGGUGCUCAAGGGCAGGACGCCCAUCCAGGUCUACUCCGACUACAUGCGCAGCUUCCGCGACACAUUCUGCGGCUACCUCGGCAACACCAUCGUGGAGAUCCAAGUAGGAUUGGGGCCUUGUGGUGAGCUGAGGUAUCCUUCGUAUCCUGAGGCCAAUGGAACAUGGCGUUUCCCUGGCAUCGGCGAGUUCCAAUGCUAUGACAAGUACAUGAGGGCGUCGCUGCAGCAGGCGGCGGCGGCGGCGGGGCACGAGGAGUGGGGGAGGGGCGGGCCGCACGACGCCGGCGAGUACAAGCAGUUCCCGGAGGAGACGGGGUUCUUCCGGCGAGACGGCACGUGGUGCACCGAGUACGGCGACUUCUUCCUCGGGUGGUACUCCGGGAUGCUGCUGGAGCACGGCGACCGCGUCCUGGCCGCCGCCGAGGCCGUCUUCCGCGGCACCGGCGCCGCGCUCUCGGCCAAGGUCGCCGGCAUCCACUGGCACUACCGGACGCGGUCGCACGCCGCGGAGCUCACGGCGGGGUACUACAACACGCGGCGCCGCGACGGGUACGCGCCCGUCGCGGCGAUGCUGGCGCGGCGCGGCGCGGUGCUCAACUUCACGUGCAUGGAGAUGCGGGACGAGCAGCAGCCGGAGCACGCCGGGUGCUCGCCGGAGCAGCUGGUGCGGCAGGUGCGGUCCGCGGCGCGCGCGGCGCGCGUGGGGCUCGCCGGCGAGAACGCGCUGGAGCGGUACGACGAGGCGGCGUUCGCGCAGGUGGUGGCCACCGCGGCGAGCGCCGGGCUGGGCGCGUUCACGUACCUGCGCAUGAACAAGAAGCUGUUCGACGGCGACAACUGGCGCCAGUUCGUGUCGUUCGUCAGGGCCAUGGCCGACGGCGGCGAGCGGGCGGCGCUGCCCAGCUGCGACACCGAGCAGUCGGACCUCUACGUCGGGUUCCUCGAGAAGAGGGCGGCGCCGGAGGCCGAGGCGGCCGCCGCCGCCGCCGUCGUGUAGUAUGGAGGCGAGCUUCGUGGCGCCGCCAUUAUUGUGUAUAGGUACGGUGCUACGUGCACCGGGAAAGGGAAGUGUAUAUAUGAUUAUGCGGGGAGUCUGCAGGUUGCAGAGUUUUAUAGUCAGCAACUGAGCAGGCAUCAUGUCUAGUUCAUAUUUAGGCCAUAUAAGUUUUUUUUGUCAUAUUUCAAAGCACUGUACUCCAAUUUGGCAGCUUUUUAUGUGUAAACUGCCCACCAUGUAAUAAGCUUUGUUAGCUGAGAAUAAUUUUGCAACUUUGCAAGGAAAUAGCUCGUUUGCAGCAGCAAACAAUUUGGGUUC